AUGAAAAACAUACCAACGAUAGUUAGAAAUCUCGGAACCAUCAACAUUAGGAACAAUGUAGGAUUCUCUUCCGUUCCAGACCAGGUGCGAGAAAGCUCCAUGGUUAAAGGUUUUGAGCUGAAUGUACUAGUUGUUGGAAGGAGAGGACUUGGCACAUCCACAUUGAUCAACUCAAUAUUUGCAGCGCCUCUGGUUGACAAGAAAAGAACAAACAAUAUCACUGCAACAAGAAACGAGAUAGUUGAAAAUGACAUUUCUCUGGAAAUAUCCAUCGUAACUUACCACGAAGCAAAUAUAAGUCCUGUCCUGGACUACAUAAAUGCUAUGAAUAGAGAAUACUUCGAUAAUGAGCAGGGCCUUUACAAGGCAUUCAAGGACAACAGAGUGCACGUGUGUCUGUAUCUUCUUCCUUCAGAUACGUUAACCGAUCAGGAAAUAAAGAACAUGUAUGAGCUCUCCCAGAGCUGCAACCUUGUGCCUAUCAUACCAAAGGCAGACAUGUACACGCCCGAUGAGUUGGCCGAUGUGAAGGAAAAUGUAAGGCAGAUCCUGUCUGAAAACAAUAUUUUUUCCUUUGUACCAUAUCUCAACGAGAAUGAUGGAGAUCUAACUGAGGAGGUCGCAGACAUAGUUGGAUGCAUGCCUUUUGCUGUGAUUGCCAGUGAAACCAUGUAUGAACAUGGGGGAGAGAUCAUCCGUGGAAGAAAGUACCCCUGGGGAUUUAUCAAUAUAGAUCAAGAGGAGAGUAACGACUUCAAAAGACUUCAGCGGCUUCUUAUAUAUACAAAUCUCGACGAGUUGACAAUGAAAACAAACCAUCUGUUUUACAAUAACUAUAGGAAGAAGAUCUUUGAGAUUGAAAACGAUUGCGGAGCAAUGAAGGAGGCUAGGUAUCUCAGGCUUCGAACAGAAACGAUAAGGAUUCUUAACGACAAGUACGAGAGCAGGAUAAAUGCCCUAAGAAAAGAGGAGGAGGAGAUGGAAAGGUUUUACAGUGAAAAGAUAAGAGAGAUGAACGACAAGAUGGGGGAAAUCAGCAAACAGGUGGAGAAGUCCCUUCACGUAGAGUAG